GAGUCUAGCGCACCAUCACCAGCGCGCACGGGAAUCACGCACAGGAAUCCUCAUUUCUUUUGGAUACAAUAAUGGUACGCUUCAAAUGUCUAUUUUUCCUGAGCUGAAGCUGCGCUUUCAUUCAGAGUCUAAGUGGAUCCAACCAGCGGGAUGGAUACAAACUGGCUUGGAGUGCUCAAACUUUUUGCUGUGGCGAUUUUAGUCAACGUCUGGUUGGUUGGAGGAUUGUCAGCGACUGAGAGCUUUAACAUCGAACCCACUUCUCCCCGGCCGAGGCGGGCCUGCAACGAGUCCCGCUUGGAGUGGGAAGUGGAGGUCUGCGGUGAAGACUUCAAGCGGAAUAUGGCUCACAUAGAGCCUCAGUACUGGUGUAACCUAACUCACUUUGUCAGUGAGUACCACAUCUUUACGCUCUGUACAGAGACCAAAUCCGACAUUGUCCAUUGCUACUGGCCCAAUCCUCUGGUGGAGAGAUACAUCAUCCGCAUACACAAGCACUUUUUCUCCAACUGCACUUUGGAGCAGGUGAUAUGGGUGGACCCCUCUGACAAGACGUUAGCUAUCCUCAUCCUAAUUCCGGUUUUCCUCACCUUGGCUAUGAUUGCCAUGGUGGUGUGGUGCAGCAAGAGGAGCGACAAUCUGGCCUAGAUGGACAGCGAGACUUUAUGCCAUGAUGUAAGAGGGGAGCUGGAUUCUGAAUAAAAGACAAGAUCGGAACAUCACUGUACAAAAUGAAGCAGCGUUCGGAGGUUUUGGGAGGUCGAUCGUUUGUUCUGCAAAUGUUCCAGCAAACCACCGGCUAAAGAUAACAGCCAAAAGUCAAAAGAUUGUGGGUGCUUUCACACAAGCAUCGCGUAAUCAGUUUUCACAGAACUCUGGUUCAUUUUUCCCCGCCGGUGCGAUUAUUUGAUCGAGGGUGAACGGACUCACUGAGCAAAUUAAUCGGUUCGAGCCCUGAACAAACUGGCACGGUUCAGUUGUGCUAAGAAAGGGAUCCAAUUUCAAAUUUGGAAAAUGCUAAAAGACAUAGCAGUGAUGCAAAGGCAUACAACAUAUGUUUUCUGUUUAGCAUAUGAGCAGUUUGCAUCAUAACUGAAAACAGAAUGUCUUGGUUGGACAAUCAAAAUGCUCACCUAGUUGCUGGCCAAGAUAAGUUUUCAAGCUAUCACAAAAAAGCCAGUUAUGUGUUAAGAAUCACACCACAAUGAAGCAGAUGUAGUUUGUUGAUUUGAACCCGAGAACACAAACUCUCUGUGUGAAAGCACCCGAAAUGUUAUAUUUGUAUCUGUCCCUAGCUCAGGUCGCAGGUCGUGGUGAGAACUACAAAAGACACAAUAUUCUCCCACCCAAACAUAAAGGCCACUGAGGUCUUGUCUCAGGCCUCCUGUGCCACUUACAGAUUUCAAAGGUUUAGCAUUGAAAAUCCAUUUCGGAACAUUUCCCAUUCCACUCCUAUUUAUACAAACGACAACUGGUAGCGAGAGUUGGCUAUCUUCCAAUUGUAAAAAGCUGAGUUUUUUGCUUUAUAUUAAAGAAAAAGUUCAUCUGUAUUCUCCAAAAAUGUCAUACUAUUUAUUGUAUUUGCCUUAGAGUUAAAUGUGGACAUCCAGUGCUGAACAAUAUCACCUGUUUAGGUUUUCAGCAUUUCGAUGGAGGAAUUGACUGGCCAGACCGAGACCAGUGACCUUUGACAUUCUUGUCUGUCUUGUCACUGUACUCUAGCUGAAGGCCAUAGUAUCCGGUGAUGGAACUCUUUCAACUCAUGGGAAAAAAGAUUCCCAGCGGACACCAUUUUAAACAUUGAUACAUGAAAGGAAGAAAAGGAAUCCCAAAGAUGGACUUAAAGGGAUUCUGCAAGUUUCCACUCACUGCGGAGAUACUCUUGGGGCAGUCGUCACUGGAAAUGACAAACAAAUAUGAGACAAUGCUAUGAUUCAACUAUUUUGAGUCUCUCGUGACUGUUUUAUAACAGUGUAACUUAUCAGAAAUUGAAGAGUAAAAUGCUGUUAAUACACUGAGACUUCAUACAUUUCUGUGUAAUGUUUCUGCCUCGUUUUUUCACUUUUCAACAGUUAGAUUAUGUGCACGCCAGACUUAUCUGAAACCUUCAUUUGAAUACGAUGCUGUUGUAAAUCAUUCAUGAGUUUAAAAUUUGAUACACUUUCAUUUUUUUCUGGCUACAAAAUGAGAUUGUCAUGUGAAAAACUGCUUGAAAUAAGAACAAAACAAUGUUUUUUUUUUCAGUGAAACGAUGUGUAAAUGACGCUUAAAUUUGGUGAUAUCAUUCCAUCAUUUUUGGUACAGGUGGGACUGCAUCAGGGUUCCCCACUGAGCCCCUUCCUGUUUGCGGUAGUAAUGGAUAGCCUGACAGAUGAGGUUAGACUGGAAUCCCCUUGGACCAUAAUGUUCGCAGAUGAUGUUUUGAUCUGCAGUGAAACCAGGGAGCAGGCUAAGGAACAAUUAGAAAGAUGGAGGUACGCAUUGGAAAGGAGUAAUGAAGAUUAGCUGAAGUAAAACAGAAUAUAUGUGGGUGAAUGAGAGGGUUGCCAGCCAAAGUUGGAUGUUUUGGAGACAAGGUUAGAGAGAGCAGACUUCGAUGGUUUGGACAUGUCCGGAGGCGAGAGAGUGAGUAUAUUGGUAAAAGGGUGCUGAGGAUCGAGCUGCUAGGCAAAAGAGCAAGAGGAAGACCAAAGAGAAGGUUGAUGGAUGUUGUGAGGGAGGACAUGAGGGCAGUUGGGGUUAGAGAUGAAGAUGCACGAGAGUGGCUUAAAUGGAAGGAUGACACGCUGUGCCGACCCCUAAUGGGAUAAGCCAAAAGAAAAAGAAGAAGAAGAUUCUAUAAUUUUUGGAAGAUUUACUCUUAGUGCCAGAGAAUCAUUCCAAAGUUUCAAAAGAUCUUCAAACUUUAUAUGUGUUAUACUGUAAUUACAGUUAAAAAAUAUAUAUAUAUAUUUUUAUAGCCAUCUGUGUGUUUCAUUACCAGCCCCUGGUCUUUGGUGCGUAAAUAUGGAUCUCUUCCAAAAAGUUCUAUAAUAGAAUGGAAGCCGACAAACAAUGACGCCACUGAUUUUCACUUCUAAAUGUAUAACAAUCCUAGCUUUAUUGCUCUUAAUUGUUCUUUUAUAUGAACAAUACCUCUUGGACUUGGGAGUGGGUGAAUUUUUUUAUCCUCCAGAGGAUUUUUUUUCUUGGAAACACAUUGUCUUCAAUUGGCUCAUUGGUUCUCUGGGAGUGUUUAUUCUGGCAUUUGUGCACGUAUUCAAGCAGAGACAUCAUUCUUUUAUGAAGUCAACAAUUUUGAUGUAUGCAAACGUCCAGACAUUAAAUAGAUAACACGUUUGCUUUGUGUGUAAACCUACAAAACAAUAAGAAGAACACCAAGGGACGCCGAUUACAUCUUAUCGCUUAUAAACUGUCGUCGCUGGCAGCGGCCGAUGGUCAAUGAUGUUGGUUCUGCGGCUUUAAUCCGCAACGAGUAGACUGAGAGGACAAAGCAGGAAACCACAAACUCCGUGUGCACAAUACAAUGCCAGUAUCAUCAGUUACUAUCAAAACAAACACAAGCUAACACACAAGCACAAUUUAUUCCACUAAAACUCCAGGAAAGAAGCUGUGCGUUUUUUUUGUUUUUGUUUUUGUUUCAGAACAUUCAAAACAUUAAGUGUUUAUAAACGCACACUGAAGAGACCGUAGAUGACGAGAGGCGGGACUUAGCAGUGCAGGUUCCCUGAAGGAUGGUUUUCCACAAGGCCUUCAUAACCAGCCACUUGGAGGCAGGAAGGAUAUUCAAUCUUUUUCCCAGAGUUGACAGAAGAAUACAGGGAAGUGGGUUGACCUGGUGCUUUUUGACCAAAAGCGGCACGGGAAGUACAAGGGUGCCAUUCAAUUUCCAUCUCAAGUCGCUCUGCCGCAAAGAACCAACUUGGGGCAAAGUCUCUUCAUGAGCGGGAGUUUUGCAGCGUUACGGCACAGAUGGGGACUUCUUUGUGAUCACACGUCUGACUUAAAGCGAUUAUGUAAUAUACUGAUUUUUUUCUCCAGUAAAGUUGAAGGAAGUUGAUUCAAGUCGUCACAUGGGUUAAAAACACGUCAUAAAUCAAGUCAUGCAAAGGUACUCACUUAAAACAUAUUUUGAUGGGAUGUGAUGGGAAGAUUUUGUUUGUAUAAAUGAUUCCAAGUGCCAGUGCUGUUGGGAUGGUAAAUAUUUGUAAAUAAUAUAAAGGCCAAGCUGUAUCAUAAUUAGAUUUAAAAAUUAUGUUUUGCAUGAUAUUAUAUUCGUGUGUGUGACAUGGAGGAGAGGCAUUAACUUUGUGCACUUUGCAGGUCUUGCUUCAUGAAGUUCAUCAAGCAAUGAGACAGCCCUCUCAAUCUGCCAUCUAUGUAUACAUGUCUAUG